CAGGCAGAGAAUGCAGCAAGUGGUCCAAUAACUGAGCUCAUUAAAGAGACAGUUCACCUCCCACGGGAGGCCAAACAGACUUGCUUGGGCAUACCACUUGCGCAGGAAUAGUUAUACCAGGAACUUGCAUUGGGGAUCUUGCUUCUGCUUCCUUAAAACUGGAGGAAAGGAAUUGGCACCUUCUCAUGCACAAUUGCUACUGCCACCACCUCGCUGUUUGCAACCUGCUUUUCAGCUGACUAAACUCAGUGAACUGAAAGACUUAGUCCAAUGGAGAGCGGAACGAGAGACCUUAAAAUAAAGGAGGGUAUAACAGGGUUCUGAGUCUUUCCCUGGUGUUACUCUGUUCUUCUGUCAUGGGCCAUUCUGUUCAGAAAACAUCUAGAAGGGGCAGAAGAGUUUUUGUGAAGGCAAAGAAGCUAAAGAAAACCUUAGCUGUUUCUAUUUAAAAGAAAACCUGCUGAGAGAUCCUGUUGCCCUCUGCUGCCCCAGGAGUGCCAAGCCAAAGACAUCUCUAUCUGAUUUCCCACAAGGGCAUGAGGUUAAGUAAAAGAUCUAACUAUAUGGAUGGAAAAUCCAGCAAUAAAACAAAUGAGUGGUGAAGGCUGCCUAACACAUCAGGAUUAGUAUGUGAAACAAGACCAGCACUGCUGAGCCAAAAUGCAUAUCACUUUGAAAUGGAUGAGGGGGGUAUAGGAAAGUACCAGUAGAGACUGAAGACCAGCUGUGCCUGCCUUCUGUACUUCAACACACUGGAGUCCAUCUGGAGUAUAUAAGCCAAAAGAGAGCAAGAACGGGUCCUUAAAGAAGAGAGAGACUGGAGAAGGCCUAUAGAAGACAUGGAGCCAAAAGCCAAGGUGAAAAGAGUCUCCAAAACAAAGCAAAGCAAAAGUGCAGAUGGCUGCUUCCAAAAUGGCGUGUUUUCCAAUGGAUUUUGCUCCAUGAAUGGUGCCAAGCUGCCUGUGGUCAGAGCCAUAGAUGAUGAUGAAGAGUAUGGAAAAAGGAAAACACAAGAUGCCAAUUUUGAGAAAGAGAUAUUGGUGACAUCUGCAAACAAUUCAGAGCUUUGUGUGACCCAGCCCAUGAGAAGCCUUACAGUGGAUGAAUACGCAAAAGCCUUUAAGUCAUUCUUAGACCAUUCAACUGAGCACCAAUGCAUGGGCCAGUUCAAUAAGGAGGAGCUGCCAGGUAUAAUAGCCAGCCUUGGAAAUGGAAAAUCUACCAUCAAUGUGCUAGGUGUGGGAAGUGGCACAGGUGAGCAAGACUUGAAAAUGAUUAGGAUAAUUCAGGCUGUGCAUCCAGGAAUCUUUAUCAAAAAUGAAGUCAUAGAGCCCAACCCUCAACACAUUUUGGCGUAUAAAGAGGCUGUAAGAAAUUCAACUGACCUAAAGAAUGUCUCAUUCAGCUGGCACCAGUUGACAUCCAUGGAAUACGAGAAGCAGGCAAAAGAGCAGAACGUUCAAAAGAAAUACGACUUCAUACACCUGAUCCAGAUGCUGUACCGUGUGGAGGAUAUUGCAAGCACUAUCCGAUUUUUUCACAGCUGCCUAGAUUGUUAUGCUAAGCUUCUGAUUAUAAUCUUAUCAGGUAAGAGUGGGUGGGCCUCCAUAUGGAAAAAUUACAGACACUGUCUUCCCCCAACCGACAGCGGCCACUACAUCACAGCUGAUGACAUCAAAGUUGUCUUGGAAGGAAUGGGAGUUACAUACCAAGUAUACAAUUUCCCUUCUUAUUGGGAUAUAACUGAAUGCUUUAUUGAAGGAGAUACCACUGGAGGUCAAACAAUGGACUUUCUGACAGGAACUAAAGACUUUAUGAAUUCAGCACCCCAGGAUCUGAAGCAGAGUCUUCUGCAGGCUUUGGGCCAGCCAGAAUGCAGCACCAAGAAGGAUGGAAGGGUUAUGUUUGGAAAUGAUUUGAGUAUGUUUGUCGUAAAUUCCUAAUACCAGUCAAAAUAGUAGACACCAUUUUAGUUUGUGUUUGGUUAGGUACUGAGCAAGCAGAAUCAGUUCUCUGUUGUGAAGAGAACUUGCUCAAUACUGGAGAAGAAAGGAGCACAAACGGGGGAAGCUUAUAAACAUUAAGAACUGGAAGCAAAUGUAUUAGUGGAUCUUUUGUGAUUAAAAUCGUAUAUAUCUUGUUUAUCAUAGCAGGAGAUUGACAUUAGUUUUCAUGGAUACACACUGCCUCUGAGGCACAGGAAAGUGUUGCAACAUAGAGCGUGAUAAUUUGAGUAUAUCAGGAAACUUUAAAUUAUGUUCACAUAGCAGAAAACAGGUACGGGGGACUAAUAUUUAAUGUAUUGUAUAUAUUUAAGAAAGACCAGUAGCCUAAUUGUGUACACAUUACAUGAUCCCUAGGUGUUUAGCCCAGCAAAUAUUCUGUCCUGUGGUGCAUUUCUCUCUUUAUUACUUUGCAUUGUAAUAUGAAUUUUGGAUAAUAGGAGCUCCUUACAACCAACAGUUAGAGGCCCUGAGGACUUUCGUACCUUUAAGAUUUGAGAAUUAUUCAACACUGGCACACCAUCAGCAUGAGUAUGUUUAUGUACAUCAGCCCCAAAGUAAUAUGGCAAGCCUGCCACUGUAAUUUUUGUACUUU